AAAUAUUUAGGAAAUGCUGGUCGAAUGACACGAUCGGUCAUUCUAAAAUCGCUCCCAGUGGCAUUAAUACGUUGCACCGUAGCUCUAAAGUGACGUUACAAUGUCGGGAGGCUUGGAUGUUCUUGCCCUACGGGAAGAUGAUGUUACCAAAAUGUUAGCCGCAUGCACCCAUCUUGGCAGCGAAAAUGUGAACUUCCAGAUGGAGCAAUAUGUGUACAAACGCCGUGCUGAUGGAGUACAUGUAAUCAACUUACGUCGCACAUGGGAGAAGCUUUUGUUGGCUGCUCGUGCUAUUGUUGCUAUUGAGCAUCCAGCUGAUGUCUUCGUUAUUUCCUCCAGACCUCAAGGACAACGUGCAGUAUUGAAGUUCGCCAACUAUACUGGUGCUACUCCAAUUGCUGGACGUUUCACUCCUGGUGCCUUCACUAAUCAGAUUCAAGCUGCAUUCCGUGAACCACGUUUGCUGAUUGUUACUGAUCCUCACUCCGAUCACCAACCCAUCACUGAGGCUUCAUAUGUGAACAUUCCUGUUAUUGCAUUCACCAACACUGAUUCUCCAUUGAAAUUUGUUGAUAUUGCAAUUCCAUGCAACACCAAGUCCAACCAUUCCGUUGGUUUGAUGUGGUGGUUGUUGUCCAGAGAAGUCUUGAGACUUCGUGGAUCCAUUCCCCGUGAGAAGACUUGGGAUGUUGUAGUUGAUUUGUUCUUCUACCGUGAUCCAGAGGAAGUAGAGAAGGAGGAUCUGGUUCACAAGGAAGUUGUGGCCAAAGUUGAGACUGCUGUUGCUCAUGAUACUGCUGAAGUAUGGGCGGGAGAUGAGCCAGCCACUCAAUUAUGGACUGAUGAUGCACCUGUUGCUGCAGUUCCGGCUGUUUACCCAGCUGCUGCCAGCCAAGAUUGGGCCGAGCAAGUGCAAGAAGAAUGGGCUGCCAACCCUACCCCAGCUGCUGGUCAAACUACUUGGGGAAGCUCCACACAAGAAUGGUCAUAAAUCAAAUGAUACUUUUUGUAUUGGAUAAAUGAAAUAAAUAAAAAUUAAAAUAAA